AAAUAGACAAAAAUAAUGUGGCUUUGACAGGAGGACAAAGCUGCAUUCUUGCGCCAUUUGACACUUGGAAGCAGCUGAUGGGAACAUCUUGAGGUUUGUUUCUGCUGGCGUUCUGCAUUCCCACAGGAGGUCAGGAAUGCAGGGUUCAGAUCUCAGCCUCUGGCACUCCUCUGUGUGUGUGUGUGUGUGUGUGUGCGCGCGUGUGUGUGCGUGUGUGUGUCGUCCCGUUUCUGACCGUGCCAGCUGCUGCCGCGUGCCUGAAAUGUGUCUGGAUGUGUGUAUGUGGGUGUGUAUAAUUGGUGGUAUGCGUGCGUGCAUGCAGCCAUGGCCCCAUGUCAGUCCUGUCCUUAUGUCCGGCCUUAAACUGUUUUGGCACACACACACACACACACACACACACACACACGCAUGCGUACGCAGCCCUACCAUUAUCCAUGACUCACAAACCAGAGUCGACACCUAGAGGAAGUCUCGGAUCCACACCGCCUUUCCCCAGUAGCCAGAGGAUUUACAAUGAGCUAAACUCAGAAGACUGACAGUUCUAACUGCCGUUGGUCUUUGUGGGAUAUCUGCUCUGAGAGCGUGUUUUUGCAGGUAGUGGAGCCGCCAGGGCAUUUCAGGCCAUAUUUCAUGCAGCACUCGAGAGCUGAAAUGCACUUAGACCGUUUAUUCUGCUGCUUGCAGGACCCCUCCAUUUUCAUUCUUUUCAUCAAGAGGGGAAGUGGAACUCCUUACUUCCCAUCUUUUAUUGUCCAUUUUGGACGGUUUCUUGGUUCCGGUGUAUCCGUACGGAGCCUGGUGUGUAUUUUAUAUUCCCAGCGAGAGAGUUGCGUCUCUGCCCACGCAGCAAGAGAGGUUUGCUCUUCCCCCUUCGUUUAAUGCUUUUUCCCUUUUUCUUUUUUCCUCUCCAAUUACGAAAUGUGAGGUCUCCCUGCUCACAUUGGCCCCCCCAUCUCACACACACACACAUAUUCACCUCCCUUCCGAGUUGGCUGAGAUUAAAUCUGUUGAUGACAUCUGCCUCAUACUGGGGGGGGGGGACACAGCGGAGACACAGGUGGCGGGUCUGGACGUUUCCGCCUCCCGUUACUGUCCGUCUGGCGGCGCUUCAGCUCCCCGACCCGCGCGUUUCCGACGGGACCCCGAUCGUUUCUGGCUUGACCCCGGUCGCUCUGUGGCUUCAGGCCCGGAGCACGCAUUGAAGAGAACAGAGUGGCGGUGGAAUUUCUGUGAAAAUGGAUGUUUUGGCGGGUCUGAGGUGCCACCUGAGCGUUUGAAGCUCCAAACUGCAACUGCAGUUUUAUUUUGUUUUUGGAGUGCUGCUACGAAUUUGCUUUCUGCACCAGUCCGUUUUGCUUUCCCAACCCUGCCUUGGAGUUCUUGUUCUUUUGGCAAUGUGGGGUGCCCCCUAUAAGGGGUAGACCACUUGGGCAUGUGUGUACACGUGUUAUCAGUCAGUUAAUCUCCCGACAAAAACAAACCACACAACACCUUUGGUAACAAAACGUUUUGGAAAGCAUCACAAUGAGCUUGCUCAUCUCAGGGUCUCUGAAAACAUUGAAUUUAUUUUAUUUGUGCGGAAGGCUCUGCGUUUGUGUUCUGUCUGCAGAUCUCUCUUUUUCUGGACUCUGUUUCUGUUCCUGUUUUCCCUUGUUAAAAAAUUCCAACCUUGCAGCUGUUCGUCAAGGUUACAGAGCCGCACUCAGUCUCCAGGGGAACAGGGGCCUGAUUCUUUACCCAUCAUCCUGUGAGUCAGGAGGAAUUAAUCUGAAGACAAACUAAAUUUAGUCAUUAGGCUUCGGCUGACAGAUUUGCUUGAUAUAAAUUUGUUUGGAUAUCCAGGACAGCAAAGCCCUGGAUAGCCUGCGCUGCCGCUAACCUUGAAUCUGCAUGCAAAGUUACUCUGUGUCCUGCACUUUUUCCUCACUUAUUAUUAGAAAUGCGUUUCCACAAGGCAUGCAAUCAAUAGUGAUAUAUGAUCAAUGAUCCAGUUGUAAGUAAUUUGGGAGAAAAUCUGGCGGCAACGUAAGUCCUUGUAGCGGUGUCCUUUUACAAUAUUAUUGUGUCGUGCUGCAUUGAAACAACGGGUCUUCGUGUUGUAUGGGAGAGUGUGUGUGUGUGUGUGUGUGUUUGCGUAUGUGUGUGCACGUGUGUGUGUGUGUGUGUGUAAAUAAAAUGACUGCCCGUAGAUGCUGCAGAAGGAAGCUUUGUUGUCCAUGGUACUGUAAGGGGGUGACUCCCAUCAUGCAACACUGCACGCAGGCAUUCAGGAGUGAGGCUGCUACCACCCCCUCGCCUUCUGAGUGCCACACCGUCCCCUUGGCAACCCUGGCCCUCGCCGCCCGGGACCGCAAGGCCAACUGAACUGAGCGAGGCCGUGAGGCCGUCUCCGUGCAGGUGAGGGGAGGGGAGACGGCGGCCAUCUUUGUUUCUGCGUGGGAAGCCUUGCGGGAACCAGGUAAACGCCUCAGGAUGCGAACAAGGUUGAACAUCGCUCUGGGCGGUGUGACUCCGCUGUACUUCCACCUGGUGAACGUGUGCCUGCACUGUGCUGUGACGGCACUGCUGAUGCACGCGUGUGCGCGGAGCGUGUUCGGCGACAGCCGCCCCGCCUUCCUCACCGCCCUGCUCUUCGCCGUGCACCCCAUCCACACGGAGGCGGUGUCUGGGAUCGUGGGGAGAGCUGACGUCCUGGCCUGCCUGCUGUUCCUCCUCACCUUUCUCUCCUACAUUAGGAGUGUAGACGGGAGCUGUGCAGGAGAGAGGGCGCCCCCUACAGUGUCGUACUGGUCUCUGCUGCUCAGCCUGCUGCUGGGGACCUGCGCCAUGCUGGUGAAGGAGACCGGCGUCACUGUGUUCGGCGUCUGCGUGCUGUACGACGGCCUGGUGCUGUGCCACAAGCCCCUGCUCUCGCACCUGUCCUGUGCCAGGAUGAGGGACAUGCCAAAAGCCUGCUGGCCCUUCAUCAAGCGCACCUGUGUGGUUACUGUCUACGUGGCGCUCAUCAUGUCCUUCCGCCUGUGGGUCAUGGGCGGCUCCAUGCCCCUGUUUUCCGAGCAGGACAACCCAGCAUCGUUCUCCCCACACCUGCUCACCAGGUUCCUGACCUACUGCUACCUGCUGGCCUUCAACGCCUGGCUGCUGCUGGCCCCGGCCGUGCUCUGCUACGACUGGCAGGUGGGCAGCAUCCCGCUGGUGGAGUCCGUGUGGGACGUGCGCAACGUCGCCACCUUGCUGCUCGGGGUGGCACUGCUCUCCCUCUGCCUGCACUGCUUCACGUCGCUGCGGAGGCCGGAGGAGAAGGAGGCGCUGGUGGGGCUGCUGUUCCUGGUGUUCCCCUUCAUCCCCGCCUCCAACCUCUUCUUCCGCGUGGGCUUCGUGGUGGCCGAGCGCGUCCUCUACAUGCCCAGCAUGGGGUACUGCAUCCUGGUGGUGCACGGGCUGAACCGGCUGUGCUCGCUGGCGGGGAGGUGGGGCUGCACGGCGCUCACCGUCUCCAUGCCGCUGCUGCUGCUGCUCUUCUCCUGGAAGACCGUGCAGCAGAACGAGAUCUGGCUGUCCCGCGAGGCCCUGUUCAGAUCUGGGAUCCAGACUCUGCCCCACAAUGCCAAGGUGCACUAUAACUACGCCAACUUCCUGAAGGAUCGCGGGCGCCACCAGGAGGCCAUUCACCAUUACAAAACCGCUCUGAGGCUAUACCCCCGGCACGCCAGCGCCAUGAAUAACUUGGGCACCCUGACACGCCACCCGGAGGAGGCCGAGCGCUACUACAGGCGGGCACUGGAGAUAAACCCCCUGCACAACAGAGCGCUCUUUAACCUGGGAAACCUGCUCAAGUCCCAGGGGAAGGAGGAGGAGGCCGAGCGCAUGCUGAGGAACUCCAUCCUCUUCGGGCCGCACUUCGCCGACGCCUACUCCAGCCUCGCCUCCCUAUUCGCUGAGCAGAAGCGGUUUCCUGAAGCCGAUGAGAUCUACCUGCAGGGCAUUGAGAACUGCCCUGACAGCUCAGACCUGCACAACAAUUACGGAGUUUUUCUGGUGGACACAGGUGACAGCGAAAGGGCAGCCGUCCAUUACCAGCAUGCCGUGCGGCUCAAGCCCGCUCACUACGUCGCCAUGGUGAACUUGGGCCGGCUGCUGCGAUCGUCCAAUGAGAACAAGGAGGCGGAAGCCUGGUAUAAGAGGGCGCUGCAGGUGGCGCGGAAGGUGGAGAUCCUGACCCCGCUGGGGGCGCUGUACUACAACACGGGGCGGUACGAGGAGGCGCUGCAGGUGUACCGCGAGGCCGCUGCCCUGCAGCCCGACAGCGCCGACAUCUGGCUGGCCCUGGCCCAAGUGCUCGCCAUGGCGGGGCGCUCCAAGGAGGCGGAGAAGAUGACCUUCGGGAUCAUCUCCAGAAACGCGGGCUGCGUGGAGUGCUACCGCCUCCUGUCCGCCAUCUACAGCAAGCGGGAGAGCCACGAGGAGGCUCUGGACGCUCUAGAGAAAGCCCUGCAGCAGAACCCCAGUGAGGCGGGCGUUCGGGCAGAGCUGCACUUCUCCAAGGGGAACCAGCUGAGGGAGAUGAACAUGUUGGACAGUGCCUUUGAGAGCUACAAGUUGGCUGUGGAACUCAAUCCGGACCAAUCACAGGCCUGGAUGAAUAUGGGAGGUAUACAGCACAUCAAGGGAGACUACGCUUUGGCUCGGCAGUACUACCAGAGGGCCCUGCAGCUGUCCCCCGGCUCCAAGCUGCUGAAGGAGAACCUGGCGAAACUCGACAGGCUGGAGAAGAGACACAACGGGGCGUAGGGCGGAGGAGAAGAGACGGAACGGAGCGCACGGGGAAGCAGAAGAGAAGAACAGAGCGUAGGGUGGAGGAGAGGAGGCAGAACAGAGCAUAGGGUGGAGGAGAAGAGGCAGAACUGAGUGUAGGACGACGUGAGGAGAACAGGUGUGUGGAGUAGGGCAGCUGCCGCAAAGGUGAUGUGGCAGGACAUGGCGCAGGGGCUGAGGGGUCUAGUGCAGCACACAGGCGCCCCCUGGGGGCCGGCACUGUGCUCUGCGUGUGUAUGAGUGUGGGCCAGGGGUGGGGAACGGGCACUGAACCAAAAGGGACCAGAUCCUUUCAGAGGGGUUGUAACCAGGCCAGACAAUCCCCUUUACCACUCCCACACUGAUCAGCUUUAAAACAUCAGACAAAAAUGUGCUUUUAUACAAUACCUGUCUUUAAUCUUCACCUCAUUUAAUUCUGCGCACGAAAAAUCAAAUAUGCCAUACUUUCAUCUCACCUUUACAUAACCGUGGUCUUUAAAAAAACAGAGAACUUUGCUGACUAGAGAUGUCUCCGUUCCACAAAGGCAGGAGAGAGGCUGUGGUGUGACAGGAGCGCUGUGAUCAGGAGCGGUGCGUGUGUGUGAGCUGGUCCGCAGGCCCAGAGGAGAAUAGAGCUCACACACACACACACACACACAGGUGAGUGUGACACCCUCCUGUAGCAGAGUCAGGUGCCUUCCUCACACUGUCGAGUGCUAUGCGGUCCUGUGGACGAGGGACGUAGAUGUCGCACGCAGACCUGUGCGAGCCGGAUGCGUUUCUGCUCGCAGGGGUUCCCGCCACAGCGGCCUAGUCCCGCCGUGCCCCUGCGCGGGUGUGGGACAGCGCCCCGUGUCGCCCCAGCGGUCUUUCUGUGAGAGGCACAGCUCAUAUCUGCAGGUAGUGCGAGUUUAAGGAUUCUCUCUUCUGUCCUCACAUACAUUUCCCCUUAAAGAACAUACAGUCAGUGAAUUCUGCUCACCACAGAUAAGAGAGAACCUAUUAUUAUUAUUAUUGUUGUUAUUAUUAUUAAUAAUAAUAAUAAUAAUAAUAAUAAUAAUAAUAAUAAUAACAUUAUUAGGAGUAUUAUUUUACACUUACUUUAUAUUUUUGUGUUCUUCCAGUUAAGUAUGGAAGCUGGACUUUCACAUUAAAUAUUGUGAGUGAAAGUUAAAUGUGAUCUAGAAUCCAGAAAAAAAAACGACCAACGCAUUGUAACCAUCUUUCGGUGAAAGAAAGUCCACCGGUUUUAAUAUCUGGGGUUUGGUAUUUUGAGAGUAACGGUUCCAGGUGAGCCGCACCUUUAACAACAGGAUUCCGGAAUGUUGGCACGUCAUGUCACCGCACCCGCUGCUCUGACGUUGUAGCGGUGUGGUGAUGCUGCUGAAGCUCCCGCUCGGGUCUCCAGGUGCAGUCUGAAGUUUUGUUUUGGUACGGUAUGAAAUGACGAGCGCUACUUAUCCCUCGUUGAUUAAUCAGGCUGAUCAUAACAUUCUGAAUUAUGCUGAAAUUUCGGAGAUGAGCCGGACUGGCUUCAUCUCAUUGAAGGAGGCGAAAUGUAAGCGAGUGCGCGAAAGAGUGAGCGAGUUAGUUAGUUGCUUAGUUACAAACCUGGCCCGUGAGGUGCUUCGCAUCUAAAAAUCACAUUUGUCAUCGACAAUCAGUAAUGGAAUGAAAACCGCCCUGAAACGAUGGAGGUCUGUGAUUCAGAAAUCUAGGGUGAAAAACACAAUGUCCGUCUGUGCUUAUCAAGCAGGUCGUCUUAAUGAUCAGCCAUCUAAUACACGUUUACCUUUUAACUUGGGGUGAUGGUGGUUGCAAUACAGAAGGAUUACAGAUGCAAUUAAAAAGGAAUUAGCUGAUGGAUGGCCUUACUGUACUUCGAUUGGAGCACUUAUUAAUUAUGUAAAACAAUUGAUGGAAAUGGUUUAAGACAAACGGCAUGGAAAGGGUGACGUUUUUUUGCCUCCCCUACUCCAAGUUUAUUUUGAACCAUAGCUCAGGCCAUUUCAUCAGAAUGUAACUGGCGAGAAAGGAAAAUGUAUUUUGUCACAAAAUAAAAAUUGCGCACCCCUAAAAGCCCCUUUUACUUUAAUUGCUGUUAAUGUAAUGCUUAAAAUGAUAUUCUUAAGACAUCAUCAUGACCGAGCACGUAUUUGGUACUGAGUACCCACUGGUACAUCUUUUGUUUGGCCGAAUCUAAAUAUUUUCCGUAUCUCCUAUGCUGAAUACCACUUUGAAUGUUCUAGAGAAACUAAAAGAGAGUAUAUGAUUGUUACGACCAUUUAAAUUGUUGAAUUGUGCAUAAUUUAUCAUAAUUUAUGGAACUAUUGUAUCUUUGUUUUAGUAAUUAUUUUGUAUGUGCAUGCAAGAUUUUGAUGAAUAUCUUAAAUAUAUUAUGUAAAAUAUGUUAUUUAUUUUAUGCAAAUGAAUGGUUUAUUUGUACCCUGAAUGUGUGAAUGUUUACCUGAAACAAGAUUUCUAUUAAUGUCUUACAAUUCAAAUUUUCAAAUUUCCUGCUUUUAAAAGCUAAAUAUAUUGUACUUUGGCAGAAGGAUAUAUAAUUUAGAAGUUGCGCAAAACUUAAAGCUUAGCCAAAGAACUGUAAAAGGAAAUAUAUAUUUAAUUCCUUGUUCAUUAUCAGUACUGAAUAGUAAUUACGUUCAGGUUUUUAAAGAUUGACUUUUUCAUUUGACAAAUAUUUGACCCCAUACUAUAUUAUGUUUAAACACAUCUAGAGAAAGCUGUCAAGAAGGCAUGCUUUAAAAUAUAAGAUAGAAGAUAUAUAUUGCAAUGUCCAAACAGUAAGCUAUAUCAUUUUAUUUUUCCACGUUGUAACAAAUAAAUGUGUGUCUGUUUCAUUAUUUUGUGUUCGGAAUAAAAUUAUAUUUUGGCAGUAAAA